CGGUUAAUUUUUAAACCCUCCUUACCCAUUUGCUUUUCAUGUUACAAGACAAAAGUUUCUGUUGGACUGAAAUUAGCCUUACACUGAAAUAAAAAUGACCCUCACAUCAAAGGCUCCAUGCUUCAAAUCCAAGUUCAUCACUGCUGAGCUGGCUCUCCUGUUCAGCCAGUCAGACAGUGAGGAGGAGUUUGAAGGUUUUAGCGAGGAUGAAGAAGAGCAGGACAGAGGAACUUUUAACAAACGGCUAAAGAACAAGAUGGUGGACUCAGAAGAGGACAGCGAAGUGGACACAGGCUUCUACUCAGAUGACGACGAGGCCCGCCCUCCAAAGAGGAAUAGUCUUUUGGUAGCCUUGAGGUUUCCUGUCAAAAGACGAUCCACCCCAAAAAUGGAACCACAAGAGAAAAGUGUCAACAAGCCAGUCAAAGAAACUCCUUCUUCACAGAGAGCCAGAGGAAGCCAGAGGAUGACACUGAGGCAGCAGCUGCAGAGUGAGAAAGAGGAGGAGAGGGAGGAGGAGGGGGAAGCCGAAGAGGAGGUCCUGUCUCAGAGCCUACAAAAAAGAAACAAGAACAUCCAGGAAAACAAAGCCAUGCUGGCUAAGCUGUUUGCUGACCUCAGCACCAUGGCUGACCUGACUCCUCCCACCACCCCUCAUAAGAAGAAACACGCGCCAGAGAAAGCAACACCCAGGAAACGCAAGUUUGAACCAGAGAUGGGCUCAGAAAGGAGGAACCCGUCCCGCAAGGCUCGUCCCCGUGAGAACUUUGCAGUAGAGGAGAAGAGCGAGCCGCUCACCAGCAGAAGCCCCAGGACGAUAGACCUCAGGAGACUGGUGGAGGUGGACGAGGAAUAUGUCGGUGAGAAAAAGAAAAGGAGGAAGAGCCAGAGCUCCAGGAAGAGCCAGUAUGACGUGAGGUCAGUGGAGGAUAUCACCAAAGAAGACCUGGACAACAUAGCAUACCGCAGCAAAGACAAGAUCUGGGACAAGGAGAAUGGCAGCUCGUGUCACCAGUGCAGACAGAAGACUCUGGACACCAAGACAGUGUGUCGCAGUGGUUUCUGCGUAGGGGCCAAAGGUCAGUUCUGUGGGCCGUGCCUGAAGAACCGAUACGGGGAGGAUGUAUGCGAUGUGCUGCUCGACCCGACGUGGUCGUGUCCCAUCUGCCGAGACAUGUGUAACUGCAGUCUGUGUCGUAAGAAGGAUGGCCGCUGUGCGACCGGCAUCCUGGUGGGAUUGGCCCGCUACAACGGCCACGACAAUGUCCACAAGUAUCUGGAGAGUAUUCAGAAGGAUCUGAAGUAAAGUCCAGAGAGAUCGGAGAAGAGAAGCUGCGCAGUUUCGUAGAACUCAUUUCAAUGCACAUUUUUUUAUUUAGAUUUCAUCUAAAUAGAGAAGCAAAAACGUUUAAGUCAAGGCACAUACACUGUCUAUAUGUUUUAUAUGUCCUCAUUAAGGCCUGUUUCUGCUGUUCUGAAAGCCAGUUCUCAGGUUUGAAUUGCAUAUUUUCAUUUGAUUAGUUCUAUUGUUGAUGUUCACUAGUAAAUAUCUUAGAUAUGGUUAUUUUGUCAGUUUUUUAAAGAUGCAAAAUGAACCUUUUACUGUAUAUACCAACUUAUUUUCUAAAAGUUUUCACUACCGUAUUUGUGUCCGUUCAGUCUACUGUACAUUUUAAUAAAG